GCUCAAGUUCUGCUGAAAUUUAAAUCAUGCAGACCAUUGAAAAGUUAAUCUGCUUAGUUCUCCUUUUUUCAGCAGCAUGUGGACAAGAAAUUAUGAAGCAGUGAGAACAACACUUGCUGAUGGACAUGGAUAUGUAUCAGCAGUCAUUGACUUGUCCAAGUGCACCAACAAUGUUCCAGAACCACCAACACUUGUGAUUGUCACUGAGCAAUUCAGGACCUGGAACAUCAUCAAUGUGCAAGCUGAUCCAACUCAAAGCUACAUCACUAGUGACCAGUUCUUCUUGGAUGGCAAGACCAACCUCCAAGCAAAUGACAUCACCACAGUGUCACUCCAUAUAAUCAGUGGGCUUGACCUCUCAAGCAUUUUUGAUGUGGUUUAUGAAUGUGAAAUGGGACCAACAGGGGGAGCCACAUACUUUGUGAGGGAUGCUGCUGUUGAGUAUGAUGAUUUGAAUGAUUACAAUUCACUGAAAUCUGCUUUGGUGAUUGGGAGACACAUUUUUGCCAUCUUGGAUCUGGGACAAUGUUCACCAGCAAUUGAAGGAGCUGUUGUGCAAGCUGGGUUCUACAUUGAUGACUGGGAGGUUUACAGGGAUGGGUCAACUGAUGAAGUCCUGGAGAUCUUUUAUCCCUACAAGUUCAUCCACACUGGAGAUGGACAAGGUAGUGACUAUGGAAUCACAACAGCCAUGGCUUUCAUCAGGGGAGACCAAGGAGGCACAGUCACCAUUUCCAAUGCUCUGCUGGACCUGAUGCAGUUCAACAAUGAGUCUCCUUACCAGGAGUUCACUUGCCAACUUGGCACCUCCAUGAAGUUCUAUGCUCCACAUCUUGACAUUGAAGAGGCCACUUAUCAGACUUAUCAGCAAGUCUUGGAUGGUCUGAUUACUGCCCAUGAGUUGGAGGCAAUGAUCUUUGGGAGGUACUGUGAGUGGGAUGGAGAUGAUGACCAGUUCAACAUUAUCUAUGGUCACAGGUUCUACCACUAUGACUGGCAAGGACCUUCAGCACCAGGUCCUCAGAACUACAUCGAGUUCCAGGAUGCUUUGAUAGCCCCAACUGGUGCAUUUGUGGAUGAGGAUUACAGAGUCCUGGAGGAUGACACACUAGUCUGGAAUCUCUACAGGGUUGACCCAAUCACUGGAGAGCAGACCAGUGACCGUGCAAUUUGCCCACUUGGAACAGGAGCACUUUUCAGAGCUGAACUGGACCAAAGGACUGAGUUGACAACAUUUGAUGAAAUUGAGCAAGUGAUCCUCCAGGGAGGGCAUGUGAAUUUUGAAGUCAUUGUCCCAGAAUGCAUUAGUAAUGGUGAAGUCACAGUUCCUCCUCCAGGGAUCUUUGGAGGCAGUCUCCUGCAGACUUUGGACAUUGAUGAAGGAAACAAUGUUGUGCAGAGUUUCCAGGAGAUUCAGUCUAUCCUGACAAGUAACACAGGCCUCAUAGCAGCAACUGUGGACAUCACCUUGUGUACAUUUGUGUCUGGAGAUCCACCAGUGAACACUUUGAACACUUCAAUAAAACAAAUGAGUGGUAGUAUUGAGAUAGGUGAUCACCAAGGACUGCUUGAUGCCCUGGCCCAAGGCAAAGAGGUCUUGGUGGUGGCCAACUUCUCUUCUUGUGACCAUAACAGUGAUCUUGAGGCUGCUGGAUUCUCCAUCACUGAAUGGAAUUUAAUUUACGGUGGGAUCAUGAUCUACCAUCCCUGGACCAUUGUGCCAAAUCCUGACGACAAUUCAAGGGCAGCUGUUCAAAGUGCUGUGAUCAUGUCAGACUCCCUCUCACCUGCAGCAGCAAUUUUGGUACAGUUGAGAGAAUAUUAUUACCCUGGUGAUCUAUUGCAGUCAAUUUCCCUCACCUGUCUGAAGAAUGAAGGCAUCAGGUUCUUUUCAACUCCAGGGAAUGAAACCACAUAUGAGACCUACACUGAGGUCUUUGAGGCCUUGGGUAGGGCAGAAGACAUCACCAUGGUGGUUGAUGGUUUUCAAUGCCAAUGGGAUAAUGAAGAAAUCAUUGGUUUACCACUACAUAGCCACAGAAUAUCUCAUUACAACUGGUGGGGACCAACUGCUUCAGGACCACAGAACUACUUGGAAAUAAUGGAUGUUUUCAGCAAUUUCCACAACCUGGUCACAGAAGAUUACAAGAUUCUAGAAACAAAUUCUUUGGUAUGGACAAUGCACGUACUUGAUUUGGAAACCAAUGAAGAAAAUGCGAAUAGAGGCGUUUGUCCUCUAGAAACUGCAGUGCAGUUUUACACCUCAGGGAUACACAAAGUGGAAUUGGAAAAUUUCCUGGCCAUUGAAGAAGCUGUUCUUCAGGGAAGACAUAUUUCCUGGGAAGCUGAUUUCACUGAAUGCACAGGGGACCAAUUGGUGGGGUCAGCCAAAAUGGGAGGAAUCCUGUUGCAGACAUAUGAUGUCAACACAGACUCUGAUGGGAAGCUCUUCUAUGCAGCUGUUGUUGCUAAGGAGAAGAAUCAAUAUGAUGGGAGGUACUACUGGACAUCAACAGACAUCAUCAUCAGCAGCUCUGACAACUUGGUCACAAUCAGACCACAUGUUUAUGACCCAGACACAUGGGAGAAUAUUUACCCCAGUGUAACUUAUUAUUGUGUGCUGGGAGAUGCUGCAAAGUUUUACACUUGAAUGACAGAAAAUGUAAAUGAGCUUCUGCUGUAA